GCGGUGACCCGACCCCACGUGACACCCUCGGAACUACAACUCCCGUCAUGCCCCGGCGCUCCCUACUUCCUCUUCCGGUUCCUCCUUAGUCACACCGCGCUCGGGAAGGUCGGGCAGGGCGGACGAGUUGCCACCGAGACCUGUCUGUAUCAUGUUGUCCGCCGGCGUUCGCCGCUUCGCCACCUCCGCCAUCCGCCGCAGCCACUAUGAGGAGGGACCUGGGAAGAACCUACCUUUCUCUGUGGAGAACAAGUGGCAGCUGCUGGCGCUCAUGUGUGGGUUCUUUGGAAGUGGAUUUGCUGCCCCUUUCCUCAUAGUCAGACACCAGCUCCUGAAGAAAUGAAGGGCACAGACUGUAACUACACUAACUGGAGUUGGAAGUCUUCUACCCAUCACCUUUCAGUGGGAGAAUGAUAGCUGCAGUACAAGCUGGAUGGGUCUAAAUAAAAUCUUAAAUCUGAAA